GCAGAUCCAAGAGACUUAUUUGGAAGUUUGAGCAGACCCAUAAAGAGGAAAAGAAACCUCACCAAUGUCUAAGCCAAGGUUGGAGGGCAAGGUGGUCCUUAUCACAGGUGCAGCCGGUGGGAUUGGUGAGGAGGCAGUGAGACUAUUUGCAGAAAAUGGAGCCUUUGUUGUUUCUGCUGACAUUCAAGAUGAAUUGGGUCCUCACGUUGUCGCCUCAAUAGGCUCCGAAAGAGUUAGCUAUUGCCACUGUGAUGUAAGAGAUGAAAACCAAGUUGAGAAAACAGUGAACUACACGUUGGACAAAUAUGGCAGCCUGGACAUUUUGUUCAGCAAUGCAGGUGUCUUGGGUCCAAUGACUGGCAUAUUAGACCUUGACUUUCAAGGCUUUGACAACACCAUGGCCACGAACGUUCGCGGCGUUGCUGCAACAAUCAAACACGCGGCACGUGCCAUGGUGGCUCGAAAGGUACAUGGUUCAAUCAUAUGCACAACAAGUGUGGCAGCUUCUAUUGGAGGUAUAUCUCCACAUGCUUACACAACUUCAAAACAUGCUCUGUUGGGUUUGGUGAGAGGAGCUUGCAGUGAGCUUGGG